GCCAUGAGGAAGACAGACGUGGCCAAUGACAGUGCUGGGGCUGAGGAAAUGGAUGGUGUGUCUAUUUUUAGAUCCAGGGAAUGAGGGCAAACCAAAAAGACAGUUGUAGCUGAGCGCGCUCAAGUCGAAGCAGCAUCACUGGCUGGAGACACAGCAUCAUAGAGAAAAGACAGAUACAGCUGCAGACUGUCAUCUGAGAUUGCAAGAGCAGAGGACAGAAGAUAAGACCACCUGGAUUUGACAAAGACAAAGCUAUGCGGCCACGGUCCAGACUUCUGUCCAAGAGGACACUCCUACUGCCCACAAUCAGAGAGGGCACCGAGGAGACAGUAAAGGAUCUGAAUGAGGCCAACACGUUCCACAUCCCCAGCCACAGCCAGGCCGUCUCCUCGGAGGAAUACCUCCUCUCCAUCUGCCACCUGGCUCACCCAACCUUCCCCACCAGGGACGCCUCUCAAGACUACAUCCACACACGGCAGAUGGACGCCGGGCACCAGAGGCUGCGGCUGUCACGACUCAGCGGGACAACACUGACCACCUGUGAAAUCAGCCCCACAGAGGAGGCCAUCAAUAAGCAGCACGUCAAGGAGAAAGAACUGAAUGGCAAGCUGAUGUUUGGCAACACCGACCCGCUGGAGUAUCUUUAUGGACACCAGAACAACCCGUCAGGAGGUGUGAGGAGGGCAGUUGUCGAGGGAAGGUUUAUAAGGCAGCAUGGGAAUAUAUGGGAAGGCACAGCUCGCUCCAGAGCUCACAGCAUCCCCCGCGCUUCAAGUCCAGACCUCCCACGCCAACGCAAGAGCAGCUGCCCUGAGUUACACACAAGCACUAACACCUCUAUUGCGAACAUCUCCCCGAAGCACAGCUUUGCCAGGAGAGGGAGCCCGGCAGACAGAGGAGCAGAGGGGGAGACACAGAAUCCAACCAUCAAACAAUCAAUCAUCUCCCAGUGGAUCUCUGAGUGCAGGUCGGCAUGGAGAGAGGCGCGUGUACGAGCCUGCAUGCUGCCUGCCAUCGCUGAGAUAUAGAGCGCAAAUAGAUGGACAUUGUGACAGAAGAUUCCAUUCCUCAAGAAAAUGAUCUUUUUCUGUCAGUGCAUGAGACACUGACAUUAGGAGAUAUAUAUAUAUGUGUGUAUUAUGCAGAUAAUAUUAAAGGGAUAUGAUUAAAUACACAUUUAACCCUUUGAAACCUGGAGCGAAAUCACUCUUCUUGUUCUGCUGUCAGACACCUUUCACAAGUAUUUAAACCUAAUUUUUUUAAUCAAAAGCAUGGAGA